AUGGCCGACGACAGCGGGAACAGCUCACCCCCCACCUUCAACUACGUCCUGAGCUUCAUCCUUGUCGGCCUGUGCUGGGGUUUCACGACGCCCUUCAUCCGCCGGGCUGCCCGCACGCACAAGCCCCCGCCGCACCCGAUCCUCGACUCCCCAGCCGUCAAGGCCAGCUGGCUCAGGUCCAGGCUCUACGGCGCCUUCUUCGGCGUCCUCGACCUCCUGCGUAACCCCAGAUAUGCCACCCCGCUGCUGCUCAACGUCACCGGCAGCGUCUGGUUCUUCCUCCUCAUUGGUCAAGCCGAGCUGAGCUUGACCGUCCCCAUCGUCAAUACUCUGGCAUUCCUCUUCACCGUCAUCGGCGAGUGGCUUGUAGAGGGCAAGGUGAUUAGCAAAGAAAUCGCAAUUGGCAUGGUUCUUUCUCUUACUGGAAUUGGCCUGUGUGUUCAGAGCAAGCGGUGA